UACGUCAUUUUGUAGUCCGCUUGACCUCAGAUGCCGGGGGAUCCAUUUGGCGUUGUUAGCUGAAAAAAAAGUUGUGUAACUGUUGAAAGUUGUGUAACAAGGAAAACCAAAAGGACGCCCCUUUCGGGAGGACGCAUUCAUUUGGGUUAUAUAGAGGGUCUGUCCUUACAAACCAGCCCUCCAAAGUUCGUUUUUGUAGCAUCCAUCGGCAAAAAUGUUUUCGCUGUCUUCGUCAUUUCAACCACAGCAGAUGAUAGUGCCUCUCAGCCAGCUCAUCAAUGCCCUCCACUCUCUGAAGAAUUCAGCCACAGCUUCAAUCCAGGCUCUUCACAAAGACUUCAAUCCAGAGCACAGUGCAUUUCUGAGAGAGCCCAGUGUGAGUCUGAAGGAUCUGGGUCUGUCCGAGCUCAGGGCGAGUCAGCUGGACGAGCUCGUCAGCAGGUUACUGCCUACACCGGGACCAGAAGAGCCUCCCGCUGUUCCUUCGAUAUGGAGAACGAGCCACGUUUCUGCAGACAGCUUCUUUCACAACAAGCACGGGUUCUCACACAGGAAUUUGGGGCUUUUUGGCUCACGAUUAUUCCACAGACAAUACCACAGCCCACUAAGACAAGCUUGCUCAGAACUACAGUUUUUGCCUGUAUGGGUCCAAAGUCGCGGUUUCAAGACACUUCGACCAAGGACCAGACGGGCGGAGUCUGGUUAUGACGGUCCCGUGGAAUCUGAAGCCUACACUCCAGGCUUCAUGAAGGGAUUGCUCUUGAAAGAAAAAGGAGUCGAGGCGCAUUCUUUGGACCAAGUGAUACAACAAAAAAACCUUCCAGAAAACCAGCAGGAGGCUUUCAAGACGGGUUUCACUGAGGGGUUCAUGAGGUCUCAAGCUUUGACUCAGAGAACACAAGACUCGCUGAGGAGAACCAGGUUGAUCCUCUUGGUCCUCCUCCUCAUUGGUAUUUAUGGCCUCUCAAGAACCCCGUUUCUCUCCGGUAAAGGCCCCUUUUCUGAUGCUGUGAGGUUCCGCACCACAUCCGGUCUUGACUCUGCAGUCGACCCCAUCCAGAUGAAGAAUGUGACAUUUGAGCAUGUCAAAGGAGUGGAGGAGGCAAAGAGCGAACUGCAAGAUGUUGUUGAGUUUCUGAAAAACCCACAGAAAUUUACCGUUUUGGGUGGAAAGCUGCCAAAAGGGAUCCUGCUUGUUGGUCCCCCAGGCACAGGAAAGACUCUGUUGGCACGAGCCGUGGCCGGAGAGGCCGAUGUUCCUUUUUACUACGCCUCCGGAUCGGAGUUUGAUGAGAUGUUUGUGGGCGUUGGUGCGAGCCGAAUCAGGAACCUUUUCAAAGAGGCAAAAGCCAAUGCUCCCUGUGUCAUCUUCAUUGAUGAGCUGGACAGCGUAGGUGGAAAGAGAAUAGAGUCCCCUAUGCAUCCUUACUCCAGACAAACCAUCAACCAGCUGCUGGCUGAAAUGGAUGGAUUUAAACCAAAUGAAGGAGUCAUUGUUAUUGGUGCUACAAACUUUGCUGAAGCGUUGGAUAACGCUCUGGUUCGACCAGGAAGGUUUGACAUGCAGGUGACGGUCCCUCGCCCUGAUGUGAAAGGCCGCACAGAGAUUCUCAACUGGUACCUCUCCAAGAUCAAAGUAGACCCAGCCAUUGAUGCAGAGAUUAUUGCCCGAGGCACAGUGGGCUUCUCGGGGGCCGAGCUCGAGAACCUGGUCAACCAGGCAGCCCUGAAGGCAGCAGUGGACGGGAAAGAGAUGGUCACAAUGAAGGACCUGGAGUUCGCUAAGGACAAGAUCCUCAUGGGCCCUGAGAGGCGGAGUGUUGAAAUUGACAAGAAGAAUAAGACCAUUACCGCAUACCACGAGUCCGGCCAUGCCAUUGUUGCCUAUUACACCAAAGAUGCAAUGCCCAUCAAUAAGGCUACUAUCAUGCCUCGAGGACCAACUCUGGGCCAUGUGUCGAUGCUUCCAGAGAAUGACCGCUGGAGCGAGACACGAGCCCAGCUGCUGGCUCAGAUGGACGUCAGCAUGGGCGGCCGAGUAGCAGAGGAGCUCAUCUUUGGGAACGAUAACAUCACCACAGGUGCCUCCAGCGACUUUGAUGGUGCAACCAAAAUCGCAAAAUUGAUGGUGACCAGAUUCGGCAUGAGUGACAAGCUCGGUGUCAUGACCUAUGGAGACAUUUCAAAGCAAAGCCCCGAAACACAAGCAGCCAUUGAGCAGGAAGUCAGAGCUUUACUAAAGGACUCAUAUGAACGGGCUAAGGAUAUCCUCAAGACUUACAGUAAGGAGCACAAGAAGCUGGCUGAUGCCCUCCUAACAUAUGAAACUCUGGACGCCAAAGAGAUCCAGAUGGUGCUGGAGGGCAAAUCACUGGACCACUAUAGACCUCAGCAGCAGCAGCAGGCGUUGUAGACUCAUACAUAUAUAUAUGCACAACUGUGCAAUCAAGCACAGGCCUUUGGGAGGCCUUGUUUUGUUUGUAUCCCUUUUAUUGUCAAUGUGAUGAUGACACUGAAACAAUCAUCAACGCUUUGAUACGUCUCAUCAUUUACUUUCCUUCAGUGAUUUGUAAAUCAUCUCAGUUUAACUGUGUGAAAAUAACUAUUUGUUCUCCCCAAAAAGUCACAAAGAUGGUUUCAUUCAGGGCAUUUUUUUCUUUCUCAGCUCUCACAGGGAGAGAAAAACAAAACCUCAGCAGCGGUUUAUGCACCAAGGUCAUAUUUCGUCUCAUAUGAAUUUGUUUGCCGUCAGAUUUUUCUCCCAUAUUUGUACUAACCAGUGAUCACAAUGGGACCUUAAAGUACCUUAAGCUGGAAAGUACCUUUUGGCUAUGACCAGGCACAGGUGCUACUGCUGUUCAUUGUUGAACUCUUCAGGUUAGAGGUUUUCUUUCUUUUCUUUUCUUUUUUUUAAUAUGCUUGCAUUUACCAUAUACAUAUCUAUUUUCCUUUGUUCUUAUUUAUUGAAGUGCCCAAAGGUAAGACCAGCUGUAGCUGAUAAAUGAGAAGUUGUGUAUAUACUGUAAGCUUGUAAACGAAAUGCAUUGGUGCUUCUGUUUGUGUCUUUAGAUUAAAGCCUUCAUAAAGCUCAAAUAAAGAUUCCUCUUACAAAUCA